UAUAUGGCUGCGCCCAUGUAAAGUCAUGACGCACAUGAUGAACACAUUUCUUUACAGUGUUUGUAUACUAAGCGAAUUUGAAACAUCUAAUAACUACGGAUUGCAAGAAGCGAACACAUAGUCACGAUUUAUUAUAGGAUUGAUAACUGUGACAAGCUUGUAAAGAUUGAAGACGGUGAAAAUGACAUCAGCAUUUUUCUCGCCUGAUGUUGUGAAUCAGAAGACAGAUAUUGAUGUUCUGGCAGAUGUAAAGACCGAUGAUAUCCCAAGAGUGUAUGAAAUUCAAAGAUGUAGUGAAUGGAUAAAAUCUGGCAAUUUCACAAGGGUAGCGAUUCAGCUUCCAGAUAACCUUCUGUGUGACUCAGCAAGGAUUGUACAAGAGCUAGAGAAGUCAACAACUGCCAAAUUGUUUAUCCUGGGUGAUACAUCAUACGGAAGCUGUUGUGUGGACGAGAUAGCAGCCCAGCACAAUGCUGCUGAUUGCAUAAUCCAUUUCGGACGUUCAUGUCUGAGUGUGACCAAGCGCUUACCAGUUUUGUUCAUCUUUGGACAGAGGCCUGUUGACCAAUCAGACUGUUUUGUCAAGUUCCGAGAGUUGUUUCCGGAUGAAGAGAGCAAAGUAGUUGUCUUGUAUGACACAUACUAUGCUUACAUUGUUGAUGACAUCUUCAAUGAACUUCAGAAGUCACACAAGUCUUUAGUGUUAUCAAGACUCCUGACGCCUAAUUCUGAAUCUGAUUCGGCACAAGACAAGUCAAGGUCACCAGUAUUCACCAGGUGCAACCGAACUGUUCGGCUCCCGGAGUCUGAACUCAUCCACAACUACAGCAUCUUCUACCUCGGCGGGGAGAGCCUUGCUCUGACUAAUCUCAUGAUGAACUUUACCAAGUGUGCCUUCUAUACAUAUGAUCCAGAGUCCUGUAUCGGGAGACGAGAGACCCUGAAUGUAAACAAGGCUUUGAUGAAACGCUACUACAUGAUCGAGCGAGUCAAGGAUGCAAGUAUUGUGGGGAUUGUAGCAGGUACAUUAGGAGUGGCCAAUUAUUUGGAGGUUAUGAAUAGGCUGAAAAAACUUAUCAAGAUUGCUGGUAAGAAAAGCUAUACUUUUGUGGUUGGGAAGCUGAACGUGGCAAAGCUUGCCAACUUUAUGGAGAUUGAUGUUUUUGUGCUGGUGUCGUGUCCCGAAAACACCUUGAUUGACUCAUCAGAGUUUUAUAAGCCUGUUGUGACACCAUUUGAGAUGGAAAUAGCUCUGAACAGUGAAAGGGAAUGGACUGGGGACUAUAUCACAGAUUUUCAAGAAAUUCUACCAGGUGCUGCAUCAUAUGUGGAGAUUCCAGCCGACCAGGAAGCGGAAACUGUGGCGGAUGUGUCCCUCAUCAGCAAUCAGAUACGGGUGCUGGGGACGCAGAGUGAGACUGAACUGAUGGCAGCCAGUACGGCUCUUGUGUCGCGGGACCAGAACAUGGCCGUCGCUACAGUCCAGGCCCAGUCAGCGGGGGAGUUCCUGGGAGCAAGAACAUGGCAGGGACUUGAACGUAACCUUGGUGAUACACCUGUUACCAAGGCAACAGAAGGAAGAAGUGGCAUUGCUGCUAGUUAUGAUGAUGAACCUGCAUAAAUGUGACAUACAGUAUUUAAUUUAAUAAACACAACACUGCAUCACUCUGGUGGCAGGAGCACA